AUGCGAGUAGUCACCACCACUCUUUUAUUGGGAUUCUUUCUCCUAAUCUGGUUCCCAUUCGAGUCUGAAUCCCUGGAAUGCAUCAAUUCGACGUCUUACAUGGAUCGUGUUUUAGUGAAACCCAGAAGCUCAGAAUGCCGAUUGAAAACGGCUCUUUGUGUUAAGACAAUGCAGAUUAGUCAAAAUACAGAUGGUUCUCCAAAAGUAUUAUCCAUUCAUCGGGAGUGCUUUGAACUCGAACCUCCACAGGCAUACAGAGAAGGAAAGGGAUGUGUUGAUUCAUACGAUGAUGAUGAUCCUAUUUCGAGAAGACUCGGUGGGGCCACACCUGAUCACGUGCUUCUGUUCACAGGAUCUAUGCAACUUCUAAACCAAUUCUGCUUGCUUUUUCUUAUUCUCGGUUAUGGUACAAAAUGUCUUUCAUUGAAAAUUCUUGUAUACUCUCCACGAAUGAUACCAAGUCAUGUCUCAUUUGUGGCGAACAUUGCAAACCUGCUCAGUAAUAGAGGUCACAAAGUGGUAGUAAUAGAUAAUAUACUCCGAAACGACAUUUCCAAAAAAAAUGACUUGAAUGCAGUUGAGAAGGUUUUUGAAGUGGAAACCGCUGAAAAUGUUCCUGAAUUGUUGAAACAUCUGCAUAUUCCUAUGAAAUUUUGGAAGAUGAAAAAUGAACCAGAUGAACAAAAACAAGUUAUGGGAAAUCUUGGACAAGUGUUUUUAGAGCAAUGCAAACAUUUGAUGAUGAAAAAAGAAAUAUUCGAACAGCUUUCUGAAUAUGAAUUUGAUUUUGCAAUCCAUGAAGUUUUCGAUAUUUGUGGAAUCGGAAUUUUCGAAAAGUUAAAAAUCAGAAAAUCAGUGAUUCUCUCUUCGACAGGAAUGAGGGAUAUUGUCAAUGAGGCACUUGGAUUAUCUGGACCACUUCAGGAUUCUUCCAUCCUUUCUGAUUAUGGUGGUUCUAUUCCUGUUUUCGGGAUUCGAAGAAAUCUGCAAUUUCAUUCAGCAUGGAGAAACUUCUUCGAAGUUCAGAGCAAAGUUCUUGGACAUUCGUUGGGAUUCAAUAAAAGUUUUGAAAGUCUUCUCCGGUACAGUAAUCUCAUGUUUGUAAACACUCACGAGCUCGCUGACUGUCAAAGAUCAUGGAGUCGAAGAGUUCAUGAAAUCGGAGGAAUCUCAUUCAAAACUCCCAAGCUGUUAGAGGAAGAAUAUACAGAACAGUUCAAAAAGUAUGAAUCGAUAAUCCUCGUAUCUUUUGGAACAACUACACCUUCUUUUCUAAUGCCAAAUGACUACAAAACAAUUCUUCUCCAUGUAUUCAAGCGGUUUUCAAAGACACUGGUAAUUUGGAAGUACGAAAAAGACGACGAUUUCGAGAAGAAUAACUCUGGGAUGAAUAUUAUUUUCAAGAAAUACAUUCCCCAGAUAGAUUUAUUAGAAUCUGGACAUAUUUCUCUUUUCAUCACACACGGAGGUCAGAAUAGUCUCUUGGAAGCCUUUCAUUCGAACACUCGUACUCUUAUAAUCCCUUUAUUCGGAGACCAACAUCGGAACGCUCAAAUGGCGCUGGAAAAUGGGCUGAGUCAUGUGCUGAAAAAAAAAGAUCUGACGAACCAGGAACUAGUCGAAGAAACAAUAAAACAAUCAUUGCAAAGUGAGAAAAAUCUGGAUAUCGGUUUGCAGAGAAUUUCGAUGAAUUUACGGAAUGCCAAACAAAGAUCAGAAACAAUUUAA